GGUCAACUUACGGUCGCGAUCGGUUUUUGCACAUACGGCUACCGACUAUGCAAUCGAUAAUUGAAUUCUUUCAAUAAUUUAUUGCCUUGAUUAGCAUCGAAUGCGACUCAAAUGAUUAGGCGACAAUUAACGCCAAGGUAGCGUUUUAACCAGCCUCCGGCGAUAUAAAAGUUUCACUAAAGCAAGUUAAAUGUUUAUUUACAAUUAGUCGAAGUUGAGCAAAGUCUUUGUAAAGCGGUGCAAUUUAUUUAUAUUAUUGUUGUUUUUGUAAGGAUGCGUUCAUAUAAACUUUGUGCAAUCGUACUGGAAACCAUUUGCGUUUUCAUUUUGAUAUCCGGCAGUUCAGCGAAGCUUCCCGAUGACAUCAAACAAUGUGUUGCCGGUGAUGAGAAAUGUAUUAUCGAGAAUAUAAAUACUGUACUCGAUAAAAAAUAUGAGGGCGAUGAAAGUUUCGCAUUACCUAAACUACUACCUUUUAAGAUGGAUGAUAUUAUCAUUAGUCAGAACUCGACGAGUCCUUUAGCAAUUCAUCUCGCGCUGCGCAACCCUCUCGGGUAUGGCGUCAAGGACUUGAGAGCAAGAAAAGUGAAGGGUUUCGGGAAAAACCCAGAAGGACGUCACGAAAUCAUAGUAGCUGCACCUGCCCUAACAAUGUUAUCCGAUUACAAAAUUGAUGGUAAGGUACUGAUACUGCCUAUACAAGGCGAGGGUAAAAGUAAUAUUACGUUAGCUCAACCUGUGAUCAGAAUCCGCAUAGACGCAACCUCACGCAAUGAGAAUGGCAACACAUUUCUGGAUAUUAAGGAAUUUCGCAUUGAAUGCAAAGUUAAACGUAUGAUAAUGCAAUUUGAUAACCUUUUUAACGGUGAUAAAGCUUUGGGUGACAACAUCAAUAGUUUUUUGAACGAAAACUGGCAGGAUAUUUAUGCUGAACUGAAAGUACCAUUUUAUGAUACGAUCGCCAAGGCAAUGGAAGCGGCUGCAAAACAAGUCUUCAGUACGAUUCCAUAUAAUGAAAUAUUUCAGAUAUAAAAUACAGUACAGAUAUAUCUAUGUAAAAAUAUAUGGAAAAAUGUUUGUGCAAUUUA